GUUUAUGUUUUUCUGUCAUUUGAAGUCCUUCUGUGCUCUCUCCAUUGGGCUACGUGUAAACCUACACAUUCAAUAGUCGGACAGAUGAAUAAAAAGAUACUGUAUGCCAGUAAUAGGUCCCCGUGUAAACAUGGAAGAUGUUCAAAUAGUAAACAGGAAGUGUUUGUUUCCACAGGGGUAGAAGGGUCAUGCUGUCAUCAGCCUGUUGUUAUGGAAACGACAUCUUCCUCGAACAUUCCACAGUCCUUUCUCUCAAGACAACACGGUGGUGAAGACACACAAAUACACACUCACACACUCUCUCUCACACACACACACACACACACACGCGCGCACGUGCACACACACACAGACACAAUGUAAAGCUUUACAAAAGAAAGGAAAAGUAAAUACAAUAGUUUUAUUGACAAGAGAGCUGUAGAUGAGCGUCACAGGCACGAAAAGGCUACUUGAACAAUUGAUCAGAAAGCUGUUUGAAAAAAAAAAAAAAACAUGCCGAAACAUUCAUGGUUCCCUGAUCUUCUGACCUCAUAACUUUGGCGAUCCACUUAGUUUGGCUACGUGGCGAGGGAAAAAAGAUAAGAUUUUGCAUAAUAUGACUGCUGCACGGUAUGAAGCACAGAGGAGCCACACAGGACGAUGACAUUUCAGAGGGACUGAAUGCACGGUGAAGACAUUUCUGCAGGUUUUCGUCAUGAUCGUCCCCAGAACAGAUCAAACGCUCAUCUGUCUUCUUAUCGUUGUGAUGGCGGCGGCAGAGGUGCAGGAAAACAUCUCACCAGAGUGUAAACAGUUCCUCUACAUGGGCACACUGCCUCGAGGGCUGGAGGAGAAGGCUUCUAAGAAGAUCUGCCAGUACUAUGCAGGAAACCCACGAUUUGUCACCUUGUACGACACUUUGAACCACAUCCCUGUUUAUUCUGCGUACACCUUCAAGCGCUCGGACGGCUUCAAGAAGGUCGAUGUACCAUGGAUGUAUGAGCCGCAGCUCUCCACAGCAUCAGGCUCCAGAGAGAUGCAGCAGCUUCCCGCAGAAAACCUUCACCACAGUUUCGAGGAUGCUCAGGCCGUGCUCGACGACUACUCCGACAGUGUCAUCUUCGAGCGCGGCCAGCUGAAUCCGGAUGAGCACCAGGCCAGCCCUGAUGACAAGGCAUCCACCUACACUCUGACAAACGUUGUCCCUCGGGUCCGAGAUUUCAACAUUGGCCCCUGGAAAAACCACGAGCACACCAUCCGAAGGCGCCUCAACAACUACUGCCGGGGCACCGCAUACAUGGUCACGGGGGUCACCAUCUCCGGGCACACAAUCCGCCGACACAACAUCAACCGCCUGGGCAUCCCCACCUAUCUCUGGUCGGCCUACUGCUGCGUUGACUAUGACCGCAAUGCACCUUACUCUGAGCGCUCCAAGUUUCCAGCGUUCGCAGCCUACGGUCUAAACGACAGGGAGAGAAAUAACGUUCAAGAGAUGACGGUGCAGCAGCUGGAGGACUUCCUGAAGAAGGUGACUUAUGUUGACAGUAAUUUCCAGGUCUUUUAUGACAACUGUGCCCUGCACCCUUCUUAAAGAAGAAGGGAGAUGAUCUCAGAUGAUCCUUUGGUUUAGAUUAAUACACACAGCAGAGUCAAUUAUCCUUAAUAUUCUUUCUUACUUGCUUAAUAAGAACUAAUUAUUAAAUUCAGUCUACAUUUGUAUCAAUUUAUUUAAACAUGUAGUUUCUUUUGCUGAAUAUAACUUUAUGUCCACAUGCCAAAAUGUGUUUUCCUUUAUGCAAAAAGAAAAAUCAUCGUUUGAAGGCUUGUUUUCUUUACAUCAAAAUCAUGUUAAAUUGUUAGAUUAAGUGAAUAGACAACAUAGGUAAGUCCCAUUUUUAAAUUUGGACUCAUCUUUUCCCAUAUUAACCCUGACACAAUAUACACAAUAUGCUAAAUUUGCAUUUUUCUGAAGAUAUAAGGCAAUAUGAACACUACCUUUAAACCACUAGAUUCAGUUCCGUUAUGUUGCUCGGUGGCAAAGAUUUGUAAACUAAGUAAAGUCAAACUCUUUGCAUCUUCAGUAAAACCUGUCAAAUUGUCCCCACAUGUAAUAAAGUUGUCUGUUAAGGUACAUUGAGGAGCUUUGGUAAGCAUUAACAUACUAUGAAAAGCCAUAGUUGUACUCUUCAUUUGCUUUAUCUCAUGGGACAGGACUUCUCGUGCCUCUGAGGGCCUUUUGUUCAACACACACUGAUUAAAUCAGCGGUUUUACAUUCACACAUACAGAACAGCCUCUGAAGUGUAGCACUGCAGAGCACAGCACGACAAGCUGGGCCAAUUUCAACCUUCUGACUUUUUAUUACUACUAAAUAAUACAACUUGAUAUUGAAUUUCCAGGAAUUUGUGUCCAGAAACCAGAAUAGUUUUUUUGUAUUUAUGUUUUUAUUCAUUUUAAAGUAUUAAUUUGUCAAUCUCCCUAAUCUGGUACCCUUAUGGUACCCCGUUUGGUUAAGACUUGGACCACAAACUGUUGAGAGUUGAACUAUAAAAGCCAAAUAAAGUAGAUUACAACCCCAUACAAAUAUUUUCAUUAUUAUAUGUCAGGAAUUAGAAUAUUUUUGCUUGUGCUUCGAUAAGGCAAGACCUGUAUUUGUUCAAAAUUGUAUGCAAAUAUUGUUUUGUAAUUAAAGAGGAUAUUUGAAGCUAAAUAAAUCCUAUGAUCCCACAACAACAUAAGUAAGUAUAUAACAAAGCUGUGAGGUGGAUCUGUAACAAACAUCAGUCAAGCCAAGUACAUAAAACUUCAUGUGUGGUAAAAAAAAUUGUACAGAAAAAGAAACAUUAUGAUUGAUUGAUGAUAAAGUAAAGAGACAAUGGCUUGUUAACUUUAUGUAAUAUUUAUGUGUUUUUUUCCUCUACUAUUGACAAAAUCAUGUUAAAGUUGUUGAAAAGUAGAUGUGCAGUAGGAAUUAAGUGUAAACUUCAUCCUCCUCCUUGUUGAAUAUGUACUCUUUGCUUUGUGUCAAUUACAGCAGUCUAUAUUAUUGUUUAGGUUGACUUUUCAGAUUUUAUUCAGCUUUCCUUGUUCUGUUUUUCUUUUAUCUUAUCAACCUGUUUGAAUAAAGAUCCCAAUCAAUCAUCAGAUAGAGCAGGUCAUACAUGCUACAUACUGUAUGAAAGCAGAAAAACAAUGAAAUGAUCCAACGUUGCCAUUGGGUGAAAGACAUUACCGUAGUAACCACAUGUUAGAGAAGCUGACUGUAUGCUGCCAGCCCGCUAACAUUUUAUCAUAGACAGAUGGUCAGCUCAGAGUGUCUUUUAAUGUAUAAGACUCAGGCUUCAAAUCCUUAAUUAGAUCCACUAUUAGCUCUGAUGGCCAGCAGAGGGAGACAACGUAUAUCAAUAUAUAUAUAUAUAUAAUUAAGUAAGUAUUUGUAGAUACCAUGAAAACAGGGUAUGCCAUAUGGUGUAGCUUAUGCCUUCUCGUUGAACAGAUGUAACCUUAAAAUGUUCUGUUGUGAAAAACUAACUGUAAGAGAUAAGGCUUCAACAGACCGUCCAACGAUAAAUAAAAACCCUCAUCACACAGAAAAAUCAGAACUUGAUUAAAGACAGACAAUAAAACUAAA